AUGAAUGAUUAUAUUAAAGUAGAUUUAGUUCACAAUUUAUAUAAGAAUAAAAAAUGGACAGAAAUCAAAUUAAAUAAAUUUGACAAAAUUGAAAAUAUAAAAAAAAAAAUAUAUACACACACAGGAACACCUUAUGAUAAUAUGAAUUUAUAUGCAUAUGAUGAAUUAAAUAUUGAAAAAACUCAAGUCUUUUUAAAUAAUGAUAAAUUAUGUUUAAAUGAUUAUAAUGUUAAAGACAGUUAUAUUAUUUACAUACAAGAAAAGAGCAAAACAUUUACCAAUGAUUUAUAUAAUAUUGAUGAUGAAGAAAAUUUAGAAAAAUUAAAACACUUAAAAUAUCAAAUUAAAGAAGAAGAUUAUAAUAAAAGGCAAGAUAGUAUGAGAACUUUUCUAAGAAAAUUAAGAGAAAAAAAAAAAGAAGAAAAUAUUAAAUUAAAUGAUAAUAAUCAAAAUGCACAUAAUAUAUAUGAUCAUGAAUUAUAUAAAAUUGGGAAUAGAUGUAGAGUUAAAAUGGGAGAUAGAAGAGGAACACUAAAAUUUGUUGGAAACUUAAAAAAUAACAGUGAAUUUUUUGUUGGAGUUGACUUAGAUGAACCCCUAGGUAAUUCAAAUGGCUUUUAUCAUAAUGAAUUUUUAUUCGAAUGCAAAGGAGAUAAAUAUGGUUAUAUAGGAAACAUUAAUUCAGUUGAAAUGGGAGAUUUUCCUCCUUUUGAUAUAAUGAAUUUAGAAGAAUUUUAA